UUUUAUUUGAAUAUACAGUAGCGGAGUCAGAUUGCGUCUGAUGUUUUUCUCUUUAUCUGUGACUGACUAAUGCAAGACAUACAGUUAAAUAACUAAGCAGCGAGCGUCUAGUCCUCAGGAAUGAAAAUAACACACUCAAAACGUUAAUUUAGGAACCUUUUAUUGGAUCGUUCCUGCAAAUAGUCAAGCAUUCAUUCAAACCAACUAGGGGAUUGCGCUAUUCAGAACCAUGGAUUUGCACAUUCUGGAUCACAGACUGCGAGUGACCAGCAUUUGCAAAAAUGGUCUGGUCAAUUUCACUCACCCCCUCAUCAAACUAAUUUUCCUGCGGAACAGAGCAAGAUGCAAGUUCUUCAGUCUGACAGAGACCCCGGAGAACUACACUGUUGUCCUGGAUGAAGAGGGAUUUAAAGAGCUGCAGCCCUCGGAGCAUCUACUGGUCGAAAGUUCUGUGUGGCUGCCACUCAACGUGGUCUCCAACGGCAACUCCUCCAGCAGCUCGCAGGCGGUGGGCGUGACCAAAAUCGCUAAGUCUGUCAUCGCCCCAUUGGCCCAGCAGCACGUGUCAGUCUUCAUGCUCUCAACCUAUCAGACGGACUUCAUCCUUGUGAGGGAGAAGGACCUGGCUGUAGUUAUUAACACUCUGGAGGAAGAGUUCAACAUCUACAGAGAGGUGGGGGGAGAGUACUCGGCUGUUCUCAGCCAAGAUGUCUGCAAUGGCUUCCAGAAGAACGGCAAAGAAGCCCCCCAGCUGACAGUGCACCCUUUGCUGAUACCUCAGAACCAGUUCUGUGUGAUGAGUCUGGACCCAGACACUCUGCCUGCCAUCGCAACAACACUCAUCGACGUGCUCUUCUACUCCAACAGUCCUAAAGAGGGUGCUCUUCCCAGCCAGGACCUGGACUGUAUCAAGUUCUUUUCCUUCUCUCUGAUCGAUGGCUACGUCUCUCUGGUCAUGGACACAGAGGCACAAAGACAGUUCCCUGCUGAUCUUCUCUUCACAAGUUCCUCCAGGGAGCUGUGGAGGAUGGUGCGCAUUGGGGGACAGCCUCUGGGUUUCGGUAAACCAACUUUUAAUCCAUCAUCUGAAAGACCCACUAUAAACGAGUGUGGCAUUGUUGCCCAGAUAUCCCAGCCCUUAGCCGACAACAACAUCUCAGCCUAUUAUAUCAGCACCUUCAGCUUCGACCAUGCCCUGGUACCUGAAGAGGACAUAGUGAGUGUGACUGAGAUGCUCCAGCAGCACAGGAAAGAGCCAGCCUGUUGAUGGCGACCUGACGGCUUGGUCCAUACUACACCCCUCUCCGUGUCCUGGGGCAGUACAGGGCUGAAGAGAGAUGCGAACUCUGUGCCUAGACUAGCACUGCAGCGUGAGCAGUAUUAACCAUAAACUUUGUUGCCAUGACCACCAAAAGCGCUUCAAGGAAGGGGUGUCUGAAGAGAGCCUCUUGUCUUCCCAGAAUCACCUGGGAGACGCACUGAUUGGACGCUGCCAGGACCCCCGACCAAUGGGACAAGGGGAUUGGUGAACUGAAAUACAGUUGUGAUGAUGGUAACACUGUACUUAAGGCCUGCAGGUAUAAUGCAUUAUGAUGCGGUUAUGUUUUCAUUAGAAGACUUGUUACAGGCAUAUAUAACCCCCUCAUGUCUUGUUAUCGUCUCAUAAAGAUACUGACUAAAUAACAGCCAUCAAGUCAUAGCCCAAACCUUGUAAUAAUGCAUUAUAAAGGCUUGUACAUGUUUAACAUUUAAUAAUGCAUAAUACCUGCAGUUUAUAAAAUGUAACCGUGAUGGAUUUUCUUAUGCUACUUACCUGCUUGCCGCAGGGCACAAACAUGUUACUAGUACUAUAAACAACACGACUGUCUUCCAGUGAUGUUUAUAUCGUAAUGCUGUGUCAGAACACCACCCUUUGUGUCAAAGGUCAAGUUAUUUCAUGGUUGAGUGAAUUAUGUGAAGCACAACUACGCAUUGGUAAAAAAUGAUUCUCCAUUGGUGCUUUUUAUUCGCCAUAUCUUCACAAAUUGUACUUGUAGUAAGGCACGUAAAUGGGUUAAUCGCACCCCAAUAACUGAAGACGCUCAGUGAUGUGUCAGCACAAGUCUUAUUUUGGACAAUCACAUUAGAGGGAAAAAAAGACAUACCAAAAAAAAGAUAAAGUUUGAGGUAUAUUGGUGGAAAUUAGUGUUAAUUGUUAAACAUAUCAGAAUUAUAUUUUCUUGAAAAACAUACGCUGGCAAUACUAGGGAAAAAAUAACAUCCCAUGAUUAUCCAGGUUAAAGAGUAGCUUUAUUCAGUGCCGUGGUGCAGCUUCAACAUCAAUAUUUUUUUAAGGGUCAACAUUUCUGUACUUUGUCUUAUUCUUCAAUUUUCUUUUUCAAUUUGCACAAUUAAGACAUUUAUUAUUAAAUAAUGUAUUGGUUCUGGACUUCA